AUGAUCACCAAAGAAAAUGUACAGGGGUUGUUGCCUGCUGCAAAUGUCUUACAGUUAGAUUUUGUAAAUGGUGCAUGUGUUGAUUUUUUACAAAAACAACUAGAUCCUUCGAAUUGUCUUGGAAUCAGAACGUUUGCUGACUUACAUGACUGUACAGAAUUGUUUUCGAAUUCCGAAGGUUACAUUAAACAACACUUUCUCAAAGUGAUUAAAGGUGAUGAAUUCCUAUCUUUAUCUUUUGAAGAUUUGGUGAAGCUUAUUUCCUGCAAUGACCUUGCUGUUCCAUCCGAAGAAAAAGUAUUUGAAUGUGUUAUUAAAUGGGUAAAAUAUGAUUUGGAGGAGAGAAAAGAUUUUUUGCCGGAAUUAAUGGAACAUGUACGUUUGCCGUUAUUAAAGCCUGAUAUAUUAUUAAAUAUAUCUGAAGAACCUCUUCUAAAUAUUUAUGGUUCCAAAUGUAAAGAUUAUGUAUUUGAAGCAAUACAUUUUAAUCUACAGAAAUCAGUUCAGCAUUUCACCAUUCCAAAAACCAUUCGCUGUAAACCUAGACAGUUUGGUGGUUCUCAAAAAGUUAUUCUUAUGUUCAAUCAAUCUAAUACAUUGCCAAAGUGUUAUACAGAAUGGUAUGAUCCAUCAACCAAACUACGAAAGAAUGUACCAGGAAUAAAUGAAUGUCGGAAGUAUGCUGGUUUUGGUGUGAUAAAUGAUCAAUUUGUGUUUGCUGUGGGAGGUGUUGAUCAAUCAAGUUCUAAAUCUGUUAGUAGGCUUGAUGUAUCUUCACAACCCCUCUCUUGGGUUCCCAUGGUCAACAUGUUAGUUAGUCGAUUUCGAUUAGGAGUCGGUGUAUUGGAUAAUUGUAUAUAUGCAGUUGGCGGAAUUGACGGUUGCACUCCUUUAAAUAGCGUAGAGGUAUUUGAUGUCGGUAUUCAAAAAUGGCGAAUGGUAUCUAGUAUGAAAAUUGCUAGAUUUAAUUUGGGUGUUGGUGUACUCAAUAAUCGUUUAUAUGCGGUAGGAGGUCGGAAUGGUACAUUAAGGUUUAACUCUGUAGAAUGUUAUGAUCCUGGUCUUGACACAUGGACUUCAAUUGCAUCAAUGUCUGUAAAUCGUCAUGGUGUUGGUGUAGGAGUCUUGGACGGUAUUAUGUAUGCUAUUGGUGGCUAUGGUGGAAAGUAUCUUAAAAGUGUUGAGGUUUAUAGACCAAGUGAUGGAGUUUGGUCUUCUAUAGCUGAUAUGGAAAUAUGCCGAAUGAGGCCUGGAGUAGUCGCAUUAGAUGGCUUGUUCUUAGUAGAAGAUGAACUAAAUUCAUUGAGUUUGUUUGUGAUUGAAUUGAAACUUUUAAGCAACAUACCUUUGCAGAAGAUACCAUUAAUGAAUUCGCUAAUUAAAAGUUACGACGAAUACCACUGUGUAUACAACUGUACCUAA